GCUCCCCUUAACUCUGAAGCCUUCCCCACUUCUUCAUCUCCAUAUCCUACACUCUCCCCUCUGCAAUUCACAGAAAAAGUUUCAUACUUUAUAUACUCAAUCCAAAUUCAAUCGCACACGGGCAUAGAUACCGGUCAUACCAACACUGGUAUUGCGAGGAGGAAACCUACAGGCUGAAAUUAGAGCCAUACUCACUGAACCCUUUCCUUUUAUCGGAUUGCAAGCCGAGGACAGAAUGAGCGUGAAGGUGCCUUCAAAGCAGACCAGCACUCGCGUAGGUAAGUACGAACUUGGGAGGACCUUAGGUGAGGGCACUUUCGCUAAGGUCAAGUUUGCCAAGAAUGUGGAAACCGGCGAUAGUGUCGCCAUUAAAAUCCUUGAUCGUGAGCAAGUCCUUCGUCUCAAGAUGGUCGAGCAGUUGAAAAGAGAAAUAUCAACAAUGAAGUUGAUCAAACAUCCAAAUGUCAUCAAAAUCUACGAGGUUAUGGCCAGCAAACGAAAGAUCUACAUUGUUCUUGAGUUUGUUGAUGGAGGGGAGCUCUUUGACAAAAUUGCCACUCAGGGGAGACUUAAAGAGGAUGAAGCCAGGAGAUAUUUCCACCAGCUCAUCAAUGCUGUGGAUUACUGUCACAGUAGAGGAGUAUCCCAUAGAGAUUUGAAGCCUGAGAACCUUCUCCUUGAUUCACUUGGUGUUCUUAAAGUUUCAGAUUUUGGACUGAGUGCAGUAUUGUCGAAUCAAAUACGGGGGGAUGGGCUGCUUCAUACUGCAUGCGGAACCCCAAACUAUGUUGCCCCUGAGGUUCUCAAAGACAAAGGUUAUGAUGGUACAGGCUCCGAUGUUUGGUCUUGUGGGGUCAUUUUAUUUGUUCUUAUGGCUGGAUACCUUCCUUUUGACGAGCCAAGCUUUAUGGGUCUGUAUGGAAAGAUUUGCAGUGCUGACUUCACAUUUCCAUCAUGGUUCUCUUCUGGUGCAAGGAAACUGAUAAAGCGCAUUCUUGAUCCCAACCCUGUUACACGGAUAACCAUACCAGAAAUGUUAGAAGAUGAAUGGUUCAAAAAAGGAUACAAGCCUCCUCAGUUUCAGCAGGAAGAUGAUGUAAAUCUUGAUGAUGUUGAUGCCGCUUUUGAUGACUCAAAGGAGCAUCUAGUAACAGAAAGGAAAGGGAAACCUGUCUCAAUGAAUGCUUUUGAGCUUAUUUCUAAAACCCAGGGAUUUAGCCUCGAAAAUUUGUUUGCGAAGCAGGCGGGUAUUGUGAAGCGAGAAACUCGUUUUGCUUCUCAUAGCCCCGCGAAAGAAAUUAUGUCUAAAAUUGAGGAAGCUGCUAAGCCUCUGGGUUUUAAUGUUGAUAAGCGAAACUACAAGAUGAAGUUGAAAGGUGAUAAAAAUGGGAGGAAGGGUCAGCUCUCUGUUUCCACUGAGGUGUUUGAGGUGGCACCAUCAUUGCACAUGGUGGAGCUCCGGAAAGUUGGCGGUGAUACACUGGAGUUUCACAAGUUUUAUAAAACUUUCUCGUCAGGGUUAAAAGAUAUAGUCUGGAAAUCUGAAGGAACCAUAGAAGGACUGAAGUCCUAAUAGGAACUGCCGCAUUGGGUCCAUUAAUUUAUUCGCAGUUAUUUACUUAUUUUAGCUUUACAUGGGCGUUCAUGAAUCUGCAAAUUGGGUGCGAUGCAAGCAAGUUGGUUGGAAGAAAUGAGCGUUAAGUGGGCCUGCUUCCUCCAACACAUUCUCGUCCAACCAUUUUUUCCCUCUCCUAUUAAAUUCUUGAACUAAAUCCACCAUGUUUUGUCAACAGCAGACAGUGAUGUAAUAGGAGAAUCCUCCAUUUUGGCCUUUAAGAGGUAUUAGCUAGCUUUUGUAAUUUUUUUUCUUUCUUACAAACCUUACCCAAAUAUUGGUGUUAAAUUAAGAUUGCGCUGGAUUUACCUUUUCA